UAUUCUUGGAUCCUCAUUUAAAGCACGCAUCUUUAUUCCUCUUCUCUCAGCCUGCUUUCACUUUCACUCUGUCUGCGUCGCCGGAGUGACAGCCGUCAGCCCCACUCAUUGCUCGGAGAUGGCGAAGAAGAAAUUGAAAUCCCGAAUCACAGAAUUCACUUCUGACGGUCAUGGAGGAGAGGCGGCAGAAGGUGUCCUUGUUAACGAUGAUUUGGAUGAGCCAACCAUGGGGGAAAAACUGGCGAGUUUAAAUUUAAUGGAUAAUGAUAGAGCUGACAGCCACAAGAAGCAAGAGUCUUCUAAGGAUGCAAAGCCUCCUAGUGCUGACUCAGUUCAUGUUCUGCUCAAGCAAGCACUGCAUGCUGAUGACCGUGCCCUUCUUUUUGAUUGCUUGUACACCCAAGAUGAGAAGGUUAUUUUGAAAUCUGUCUCACUGCUGAACCCAUCUGAUGUUUUGAAGCUUCUGCAAUCUCUCAUAUCUAUUAUUCAGUCGAGAGGUGCAAUUUUGGCAUGUGCGGUUCCAUGGCUGAGAUGUCUGCUUCUUCAACAUGCAAGUUUCAUUAUGUCCCAGGAAUCUUCUCUACUUGCUCUGAAUUCUUUGUACCAGCUAAUCGAAUCCAGAGUCUCCACUUUUCAAUCAGCUCUCCAACUAUCAAGCGUCUUGGACUUGCUUUAUGCAGGGGUUGUUGACGAAGAGGAUGAAAACGACACAACCUUGCCUGUUAUUUAUGAGGACGAGGAUGAAGGUGAGGAAGAGUCUUCUGAAGAUGCCAUGGAUACUGACCAAAAAAGCUCAGAUGAGGUUCUAUUUGAUGAUGUUUAUGAGGAUGAAGGAAGUGAUGACAUGAGUGAUUAGUUCAUUACAAAUUGCUCCUCUUGUGUUCGAAAGUUCUGGGGUGAGAAUGUCGUAAUAUCAUUGUGAGGAUGAAAAGAUCUUCAUGUCAGCCACAUUGUAACAAUUAAUAGUAUAGCGGUUUUCAAAAUGAAUGAAAGGAAGAUGAGCUAAAAGUUAAUUUUGGAGA